UUCCCAGCUUGUUAUGGAAUUGUCCAGGUUCCCACCGGCCCCUGGUUCUGCCGGAAAUGCGAAUCCCAGGAAAGAGCAGCCAGGGUGAGGUGCGAGCUGUGUCCCCACAAGGACGGAGCCCUGAAACGCACGGACAAUGGCGGCUGGGCCCACGUGGUGUGUGCCCUGUACAUCCCCGAGGUGCAGUUUGCCAACGUGCUCACCAUGGAGCCCAUCGUGCUCCAGUACGUCCCCCACGACCGCUUCAACAAGACCUGCUACAUCUGCGAGGAGCAGGGCCGGGAGAGCAAAGCGGCCUCCGGGGCCUGCAUGGCCUGCAACCGCCACGGCUGCCGCCAGGCCUUCCACGUCACCUGCGCGCAGAUGGCCGGGCUGCUGUGCGAGGAGGAGGUGCUGGAAGUGGACAACGUCAAAUACUGCGGCUACUGCAAAUACCACUUCAACAAGAUGAAGACCUCGCGCCAUUCCGGGAGCAGCUCCUUCAUCCCGGGCCGGCGGAGCCGCUCGGCGUCUCCCACCCAGGAAAAGCACCUGUCCCACCACGAGCGGCCAAAAAAGAGCCGCAAGGACAAGGAGAGGCCAAAGCAGAAGCACAAGAAGCGGCCGGAGUCCCCCAGCAGCCUCCCCCCAGCGCCCCCGGCCGUGGCUGCCGAGAAGGGCUCCGGUGGCCACCACGAGGCUCCCAAGGAGAGCUCGGAGCUGGCCCGGCCCGAAGCCAAGGGCAGGAAAUGCUCCGGCCACGGCAGCAGCCACAAGGGGAAGAAGACGGGAAGCGGGAAAAGCUCUGGAGGCUUCGGAACGGCCGCGCCCGGAGGAACCUUCCAGGCAGCGGGCUCCUCCUGCGGCCUUCCCGCCUCCCAGGACCUGCUGCCCUUCCCCAAACUGGAGCAGGAGGACGAGAAAUUCCGCAAAGCCUCCGGCUCCGCCUCAUCCUCGCGCUGCUCGCCGCUCUCCGAGGCUGCCAAGACCGACGCCUUCGAGCAGAAGGUGAUCUUCUCCGGCUUCGGCUCCGUCAUGCGCUUCUCCACCUCGGCCGCGGCCCCGCCGCGAGCCCGCGACGCUUCCCCCGUGGAUUACAAAGGUUCCGGAGGCUCCGCGGCCGGAUCCGCGGCCGGCCACAAGCGGAUGCCGCCGCUGGGCGCCGAGGAAGGCGAAGGCCUCAAGGAGAAGAAGCACAAGGGCAGCAAGAAGAACAAGCACGGCCCUGGCAGGCCCAAGGCGGGCAAAGGGAAAGAGGUUCUGGGGGCUCAGCUGGCCGGAUCCACCUCCACCUCGUCCUCGCCCUUCUCCGGGGGAUCCCUCGUCAGCUCCAGCGUCGGGAAUUCAUCCCGGAGUUUUGGCCAUCCUGGGAGUCUGCCCAGCCUCAGCGUGGAGUCGCCGCUGCUGGGCUCAGGGAUCUACACGAGCAACAAGGACCCGAUCCCGCUGGGCGCGGCGCUGCGGGCGGCCUGCAGCACCCCGCUGCCCUCGGCGCUGCUCCCGCUGCAGGGCGGCGCCGGCCUGGCCCAGCUGGGCCGAGCGCCCUUCGCCAGCUCCAUCCCCGCCUCCGCCGCCGGCUCCACCACACAGGUGUUUUCCCUGGCCGGUUCCACCUUCAGCCUCCCUUCCUCGCACAUUUUCGGGAGCCCCCUGACGUCGGGGCUGUCCCUGAACCCCCUCCUGAGCCAGCCGGAGAGCAGCCGGGCAGGUACCGUCGCCAGCCUGAGUCCCCUGACGGAGCAGCAGCGGCACGUCCUGCAGCAGCACGAGCAGCAGCUGCAGCAGCUCCAGCAGCUCCUGACUUCCCAGCCGCUUAACCCGGAGCAGCAGGCGCUGGUGUUCCAGAUGAUGCAGCAGAUCCAGCAGAAGCGGGAGCUGCAGCGGCUGCAGAUGUCGGGCUCGUCCCAGCUGUCCCUCCUGGCCGCCACCUCGGCCCCGCUGCACUCCAGCCCCGGCGCGCUGCAGACCCGAGGUUUGCAAAGGUUGAACCGAGGAUGA